CGAGAUGUUUUAUUGACUUCUUAUAUACUAAUAUUGCCAGUACUUACGGCACUUUGAUGCAUCCAAGAGUACUCUGUCGAGUUUUAGGCUACAACGGCGACAUUGAUGAUAACGGAAGACCAUCGGGUCUCGGCUUCCAACAUUCCACACUCAUAGGGUACACACGGAGGCAGGUAGUAGGCCUAAAGUACCCCGCAGUCAUUGCUGAUGCUAACGAUUCCGUGGACGGUGUGGUAGUUUCUGGCCUAACGGCGGAAGAUAUGACGCUACUAGACGCGUUUGAAGGGGAUGAGUACGACAGAAGAAGCGUAACUAUUGGUGGUGAAGAUUGUAUGGUGUACUACUGGAUUGCAGGGGCUGACCGUCUUGCUAACAAGUCCUGGGAUACCAGUUUCUUAGAAGAUGAGGCACAGGUACAGAACUGGCUCGAAGCCGAAGGCGUGUGAGCACGAAAAAAGUACUUAGAAUGUGUUAACUGUUUAUUUGGGGGGGUACCUCUGUUAUCUGGACAAGCCUUCCUGCGUUGGUUCACAGAAAACUUGACGUAAGCGUCAAUUCCG